GGGCGGAGAGGAGGAGAGGAGAGGGGGGCUCCGGUCAAACAGUCCCCGGGCUUGUUGGGAGACUGCCGGCUGCAUUGCAGAGAGAUAGGCAGCUAAGUGGGGUGCUGAGGGAGAGGAGGGGAGCGAGGAGAAAGGGGGGGUUAAAGGAGACAGAGAGAGGAGGUGUGGAGGAGCAGCUCAGCAGUGUUGGAUAUGCCGGCCAGCCCGCCGAGCGAGGAGAGAGGGAGAGAAGGAUUUAGACUCAAAUGGGAUGCAGAGCGCUGCUGAUACUGCAGCACAGGACAGAGGAGGAGAGGCUGCUCCAGACCUGGGGACGGCUCACUGCAGGGGACAAAGAGGAAAUCACACUUGAGGGACGAGGACGGGAUCAAGCUCAGGCUGAUUUGGCCCUCCAUCUUCUCCUUCACUGCCGGUGACCCCGGGCGCAUGGUGGAAAUCAAGAGCCGGGAUGGAGAGCACCGGAGGCAGAGAGCAGACGAGCCGCUGCCGCCAACCUGUCAUUCACAGACGUAAAUCUGCUCCAGCAUCAGCUGCUGGCUGAGCACCUCUGAUCACAUCACAGGCCGGGGGGGCUUCAUGCCCUGGGACAGUCCUGGUGGACCGAGGGAGGAGGCAGCGGCGGAGGAGGAGGAGCAGGCGGCGGGGAGGCCGGCCCUGAGAAGUGGUGGAGGGUGGUGGUUUAAGCUGCCGGCUGUAUAUUUGUAUGUGGCAUCUCCUGAAUUAAGAAGCUGGAAUAAAGAUGUAGUGUGAGCUGGUGGAAGGAGGGGGACGGAACAAGGAGCGUGCUGUGCUGAGGAGGGGAGAGGGCUGGACGGACGCACCAGGCUGACUGAGAUCUGAGGGGAAGACCGAGACGGAGGGUCCACUGGCUCAGGAAGAUGCCCUCCCGCUGCAGGAAUACGCUGAACAUCGUGGUGACCACCCUUUUCGCUGCGGUGGUCCUCUUCACCAUCCUGCUGGCCUACGUCACAGGUUACCAGUUCAUCCACACUGAGCAGCACCACCUUUCAUUUGGCCUGUACGGCGCCUUCCUCUCCCUCCACCUCUUCCUUCAGAGCCUCUUCGCCUUCCUGGAGCAUCGGAGGAUGAGGAGCCCCGCUCGGCCUCAGCACCUCCGCCGCUCCGUGGCGCUCUGCAUCGCCGCCUUCCAGGAGGACCCGGACUACCUGAGGAAGUGCCUGCGCAGCAUCCGUCGGAUCUCCUUCCCGGGCCUGAAGGUGGUGCUGGUGGUGGAUGGGAACCGGCCCGAGGACCGAUACAUGAUGGACAUUUUCCAGGAGGUGAUGGGGGGCGCGGACCAGGCGGGCAGUCUGGUGUGGAAGGGCAACUACCACAGCGAUGGGAGCGGAGGAGGAGGCGUCAGCGGCGGGGGGAGGAGCACCGUGCACAUGGAGGAGGCGGCACGAGUUGCUCGGCUGGUCAGAGGCUGUCGAUACUCCUGCAUCAUGCAGGAGUGGGGGGGGAAACGAGAGGUGAUGUACACGGCCUUUAAAGCGCUGGGAGACAGUGUGGACUACAUGCAGGUGUGUGACUCGGACACAGUCUUGGAUCCAGCAUGUACCAUAGAGAUGCUGAAGAUCCUCGAGGAAGAUGCGAUGGUGGGAGGAGUUGGUGGAGACGUGCAGAUCCUCAACAAGUACGACUCGUGGAUCUCCUUCCUCAGCAGCGUGCGCUACUGGAUGGCCUUCAACAUCGAGCGAGCCUGCCAGUCCUACUUCGGAUGUGUCCAGUGCAUCAGCGGCCCCCUGGGGAUGUACAGGAACUCUUUGCUCCAGCGCUUCCUGGAGCCCUGGUACCACCAGACCUUCCUCGGCUCCAAGUGCAGCUUCGGCGACGACCGCCACCUCACCAACCGGGUGCUCAGCUUCGGCUACAAGACGAAAUUCACGGCGCGGUCGCAGUGCCAGACCGAGACGCCAACUCAGUAUCUGCGUUGGCUCAACCAGCAGACUCGAUGGAGCAAGUCCUACUUCCGCGAGUGGCUCUACAACGCCCUGUGGUUCCACAAGCACAGCCUCUGGAUGACCUACGAGUCUGUGGUCACCGGCUUCUUCCCCUUCUUCCUGGUCGCCACCGUCAUCCAUCUCUUCUACCGGGGACGGCUCUGGAACAUCCUGCUCUUUUUAUUGACGGUGCAGCUGGUUGGGAUGGUGAAGGCCACCUACGCCUGUUUCCUGCGCGGCAGCCUGGUCAUGAUCUUCAUGUCGCUCUACUCUCUGGUCUACAUGUCCAGCUUGCUCCCUGCCAAAAUAUUUGCCCUGCUCACCAUCAACAAGGCGGGAUGGGGCACCUCAGGCCGCAGGAAGAUCGUUGUCAACCUCAUUGGCGCCGUGCCCGUCACAGUGUGGGCGAUGGUGCUGCUCGGAGGUGUAGUCUACACCGUCUACUGCGAAACACAGGAGCCAUUCAGUGAGACAGAGAAAGCCUUGUUGAUAACAGGGACGAUACUCUACGCCUGCUACUGGGUCAUUCUGCUGGUGCUCUACCUCGCAAUCGUAGCCAAGCGCUGCAACAAGAGGGAGGAGCAGUAUCACCUUGCGUAUGCGGAGGCAUAAACCCUUCACCCGAGAGACUGGUGGGACCACAUCUCACUGCAGUGUGAUUCCAGUGAGGUCUCCGUCGACCCCGUGCACUGCUGGAGCGAUGAGCUGUGAACCAGCCGCCGUCACAUCUUCAUCACUGGUGCUAAAAAGGUGUGAAUCUGAAAUCUGAGCAGCAGGAAUCCAAUCGGGAGACGGAGAGACGAUGCACACAGCGCUCCCACUUAUAUCAUCCUCAAUGGUGCUUCACUUUAAAACAACCAAACCAAACGGACCUGAACCAGGUUAUGAAGUGAUGAUACAAUGCUCAGAAGAACAUGUUUGGGUGCAGGUUACCUGUGGAGGCGACUGAAGGGUGCAGCAUUGUGCUUUUAAUAAAUACAAAAGCAGGAAAAGUGACAAAAUAAGAGACAAAGAGGUCGUUCUUACUCGUUUUAGUGUUCUUCAUUUUAGAAAAGAUGGAAUAAAAUGUGAUUUAAAAAAUGAGCAACAAUUAUAAACACAAAUGCAGAUUCGUCCCAGCAGCUGUAUUCCAGACGGGAUGAGGGAACUUCAGGUGGAUUCAGACGUUGAAAGCAGAUCAAGUUUAAAGUUGCUGCAGAAUCAAGACCUGAUUGAGUGUAAAUGAAUAGAUGUGAAUAUUCUCUUGAGGCAAACUUGUGUUGGUUUAAGUUAAAAACAUAUUAAAUGUGCAUUGAUCCUUGUGCUUUAUGACAAAUCUUCACAAAACUACAGAGACGAUCAGAAAAAGGAAAAGUUCAGGCGUUUACUGAUAAAAGCAAUAUCCAGUUACUCUUUACACACGGAAAGAGGCAGUUAGCGUUCUGUACUGAAGUAGUGAGUUACACUACUCAUUACAUUACUUUAAAAUCCUUUAAAUAUCACAUGUCUGGAAGCAGAAAGUGCCGAGCAGGAACGGUGACGGCAACUUAAAACCAUUUUUAACCAAUGACUGUAAAGAAAGAUGGACGACGCGUCUCCACUACCUCCCGAAGCCAAAAGAUCCUGGACACGAGCCCUGGUGGCGUCAUUUGGAGACGGAGUCUGAGCCGAUGUCCAAAGUUACGAUACCUGCGCUCGUCCAAUCAACUAUUUUCAUCUUCUACACAAAUAAAACACAUCGUUCAGCAGUUUCCACUUCCUGCUACUGGUCAAAAAUGAAGCCAAAAUAUUUCACGUAUGGGAGCUGCCAUUUUGUUCUAGUGAUGUAAUCUGUAGCCAGUGUCUGUGCAGGAGGGAUCUCGACCAAUCGCGAGUCAGUCUCAGCUGUCAAUCAUGACGCUUCAUCCCGGGUUUAUAUCUUCGAAUAAUAAAAUGUAUUUAUAUUCAAACCUCAGUGUGAUAAGAACUACCUGAAAUAACCAACUGUGAGAAACCAUUUAUUUUUUGACUUUUUACUGUGGUCAAUGUUUCAUCUGCUAACAUGGAGGAGGUGAGGUUUACGACCUUUACUGCAGCCAGCCACCAGGGGGCAAUCAAGAUGGUUUAGCCUAAAUUUUGGGAGCUGUUGUGUCGUCCAUCUUUAUUUACAGUCUGUGGUUUACGUAAAUAUUUCCAUGUGAGCUCUGUAAAACAAAACUUUCCCCUUAAAUGUACGUUUUACGACAGUUAGCGACUCCACAGAGACGCAGAGUGUGCGAGUGGGAGAGGUUCUGUGUUCUGUCACUUCCUGGAUGUGACAGGAGGUUCUGUGUUCUGUCACUUCCUGGAUGUGACGCUGCGUCGUGUGACACUUCGGCCGUGAGCAGCACAAUCAUCUGCUGCAGCCGUGUCUUCGUGGAGCAGCUGGGAUUUAACCGACAAUCUGAACAAUUCUGACCUGCAGGGGUAUUUUUGGUGCUGUUGAGCAGUGUCCAGCCUGUAACUUAUUGCUGUACAGACGUGGUCAUCUUGCAGUUCACCAGAGGGGGGCGUAGUUUCAUUCAGCGAUUUCAUUUUAACUGUAUACGGUCAUUUUAUAUAUUGUAAAGUUGCCAAAUGAUGUUUCUGUGACAGUAAAGUUUUACUACUGGA